AUGUCUGUGAUCGAUAUGACAGCCUCGAUGCCGUGGCUGAUUGCGUACGUUCUGGUGGGUGUUGUCCUCACCAAAGCACUCUAUGAUUGGAGUCGUAAGAGGAACAACCAACCUUUACCACCUGGACCCAAAGGAUUGCCGCUACUUGGAAAUUUGACAGACCUACCCAACGGCAGCGUACCCGAGUACCAGCAUUGGAUCAAGCACAAAGAUGCAUAUGGACCCAUCAGCUCUGUUACGGUAUUAGGACAAACCAUGGUCUUGAUCCACGACGCAAAGAUCGCUCACGAGCUUCUUGUUGAACGUGCGAAUAUCCACUCCGGCAGACCGAAGUUGAAGUUCGGCUUCGACUUGGUUGGAUGGAAUAAACCAAUGGCUGGACAGCAAUGCAACUCCAUUUUCAAGCUGUAUCGCAAGUACACACAUCAACAGCUGGGCUCAAAGGCUUCAGUCGAGCGACACAAUCAAGUCCAGGAAACUGCUGUUGGUCGCUUCUUGUGGCGUGUUAGACAAGACAGGGGAUCUGCUUUGACUCAACACCUCAAAACCGAAGCCGGCGAACUGAUCCUCAAAGUGGUCUACGAUUACUCCAUCGAGCCGUUCAAGAACGACCCUCUGGUCGACUUGGUCGACGAGGCCAUGGAACAGUUCAGCGAGGCAACAGUCCCAGGCCGAUGGAUGGUAGAUAUCUUCCCGUUCCUGGAGCACAUCCCCAGCUGGGUGCCUGGAACUAGCUUUAAGAAGACUGCAGCAGCAUGGAACAAGACUCUCAUGAAGGUUGCCGACAUACCUUAUGAUUACGCCAAGCAGCAGGGCAAAAACAAGCGAAACGGUCACGCAGACUUUGUCACGAAAUCCAUUGAACAAGCGCAAUAUGAAAAGACGCUUGGCGCAACAGACGAGCAUGCCAUCAAAUGGGCGGCAGCAUCCAUGUACCUGGGUGGCGCUGACACUUCAGUCUCAACCAUGAAUGCCUUUUUCCUCGCUAUGAGCAUGUUCCCUGACGUCCAACGCAAAGCUCAAGAAGAGAUCGAUCGCGUCAUUGGAAAUUCUCGUCUGCCCGCCCAUGCUGAUCGUGAGAAUCUUCCUUACAUCAACGCCAUCGUCGAAGAAGCACAACGUUGGCAUCCAAUCGCUCCCAUGGGACUUCCCCACGUUGCAGACAGAGAAGACACAAUUAACGGCUACCGCAUCCCAGAAGAUUCUCUUCUACUUCCGGCAAUUUGGUGGUUCACCCGCGACCCUGCCGUAUACCAUGAUCCCGAAGCUUUCAAGCCUGAACGCUUCCUGCCACCUUGUAACGAACCUCCCGCCACAUCCUUUACCUUUGGUUUUGGGCGUAGAAUCUGCCCUGGUCGUGUGUUAGCUGAUGCGUCCUUGUUCUUGACUGUGGCACAGUCUCUUGCCGUGUUUGACGUCAACAAGAAAGUCGAUAAGGAAGGCAAGGUCGUGGAACCGGUGCAUGAGUUUAUGGGUGGUAUCGUUGCGUACCCGAAGGCAUUCGAAGUCAGUGUUGUCCCGAGAAGUCAGAAGCACGAGGAAUUGGUUGAUGAAGUUGUAAAGCAAUACCCUUGGCAGGAGAGUGAUGCUAGACAUAUCUCCAAGGCUUGA